UCACUUCCUUAAGCCAAUUACAGACCAUCAUGGAUGGGUUGGAAUUCAGCAUCCGAAAGCCCUGGAUAGAACUCUCAUCAACACCAGUUCGAGCGACCAAUGGGAGCGCACUUGAGCUUUGCGGACCUUAGUGAGACCAGUCGCACAAUCCCAUAGGCAUUGUAUGAUCGGGGUCGGUCGGAAUUUCUGACGAACUCUUAUAUCAGCUUGGAAUAAAUGGAACGUAAAUUUGCAGAGGAAAAAUGUGUAGUUUAAUUCAAGAAAAAAAAAUCUGGCGACCUUCCUUUUGACGGUGUGAUAUGCCUAUUGUGCUGCACUUGCUCGCUAUAGUGAGUUUCGUAGGAUAGCUAGAUUGCGUUUUCUUCUACGGAUUUCUUUUUUUGACCAGACAAUUAUAUGUGCAACACAUGGAAUUAUGCACAUCGUUUAGUUACAAAAUGUAUUUCACCAGGAAAGGUUAGACAAUAUUUCCAUAAACUUGCCAUUGCACAGCUUCUAGGCUAUUCUAAUAAUAGUUUAUUCCAUCGAUAGAGUCAACUAAGAGUUUAGCUCAGGUUAGUAAAAAUAAAUAGUGCAGAUAUGUCAUAUUGUCGACGGAUAUACUGGUACACAACAUUGGGCAGCACUUGAUCGACUACAAAAUGAGGAGGAUUUGUCACAAUAGUCUUCCUUCAACAGUUUAUAAGACAGUCGUUAUUGCCUAACCAGAGCGAAUUUAUCGCAGCAAUCCAGUGCGCACAGUCUCCCCGGCUGUUAUCCGGCAGAACGCGCAGACAGAGCUGCAGUGCUAUUCUAAGAGAGUUAGCUGCCUCAACCCACGCACCAAAUCUGAGAAAGAGAGAGAAAGGGAGAACGAGAGAGAUGGGAGACAGGAGAGAGCGAGAAGAAUGAAAGGAGAGAGGGAGAGACUACAGAAAGGAUCCACAAAUCUGUGAAGACAUUCCAGGCCUGAUCCCCUUUAUCCAAAUCUGAAGACAAUCCAGGAAAUCAAGCAGAACUUUCAGGGAACAGAAGUGUUCUCUAUAAAAACUUGGAACAACAGUGAGAACUGCUGGUUGUAUUCUCCAUUGUUUUUAUUCACAUAUAUUGAAACAAGUAGAGCCAUCAGUGAUUUCAGCAGCCCCCCCCCCCCCCUAUCCAUGCCUACAUGCUCAGCGACAGAUAAGAACUGUUUUGAUAAUUGUAUGUAAUUAUAAUUUGUGUGGGAGACGGAGCUGUCUCUGUCUAUUAUCACCUGUAACCUCAGACACAAUAACUCCACACAUUUACAUAUUUCUCUCCAAAAAUGCUUUUCUUUCAGUUUUAGGACCAAAUGAGGAAUAAUCAGAGUUAUUGAAGGAAUGGCACAUGUGAACUACAAUGUGCUAUUCAGUCCUCAACCAUCAUAAUGAGACACAACUGAAUUCAAUCUGUAGAGUUACAUCUAAACCUCAAGCUCUUUUCCUUGUAUAUUCUAUACUAGACCAUACAUACUAAGUUUGUACAUCUAAACCUCCAGCUCUUUUCCUUGUAAAUUCUAUACUAGACCAUACAUACUAAGUUUGUACAUUUAAAAACAGAGGUACCCACCCAGCUACUAGCUAAAAUGAAAAUGGCUUUUUCAGCUGUCUAUUUGAUAUAAUACGAUUUGUCGUACUGUUUUAUAUUUUCUCCUCAUUUGCGGUAUUCACUGUCCUCUGUCCUUAAUGUAGGGCGCUGGCUCUGUAGCCUUCAGCCCAAUCAGAGGAACAGUAAGUGCCUAUGCAUUUUAGAUAAGACCAUAAAACAUUUAAGUAAAUAAGUGGCCAAUGCAUUAUGUAGUUAGUGACCUGUGAUGUUUAUAUGCCUGGAAGGGCAAUGUCCUGCUUUACAGUCACACAGUAAUGUUUACACUACGCCACAGCCAUUCAGUGCCCUGACCCGUUAAGAACCACUACACCACAGCCAUUCAGUGCCCUGACCCGUUAAGAACCACUACGCCACAGCCAUUCAGUGUCCUGACCCGUUAAGAACCACAACCUCUCCAACUGCCAGUCAAAUGGUCUGCAACAUCUAAAAGCACAGGAACACAAAUGAUUUACAUUUAUUUAGCACAAGAUUUAUUUAGUACAAAUCUUUUAUUUAGCAUAAUACUGAAACAUUAAACGUUUAUAUGUAGAGAUUUUUCUACUUUUUCAGAGAUUAUUAGUUUACAGGUUGAUUCUAAGUGCAAACUUGGAAUGUAUCCAGCGCCAAAACGACAUGAUUGAAUCAUUAACUGUUUACAUUUUAGGAACAAUGUUUACAGAGGACUGUUGCCCUUAAAACACAGGCCUAUGUGUCAUUUUGUGACAUAUUAUUUUACAAGUGCCAUAACCGAAAGGAAAUGUAUAACAUUGCCAUAACUCAUUGAGGAAGCUUACUUCUUGUCUUCAGAAAAACAAAGCACAACGUGUUCAGGAAUACGUCAUGGUGAAGGUAAAAACCUUUCAUCCAAGGAGAUUCCAUCUAUUUUUGUAUUUUUUUUCAUGUGAAUGUUAUAACCUCAAACUAACUUCACAUGAUUCAUAGCUAGGUUUUGUAUGGUAGAUAGAUUCUAGACCUAGGAGAAGAAAUAGACGAUCUGGGUUUGAUCAAGAUCAUAAUGUUCAAUUUACCCUCGUUUACUCUGUGAGGCUUAUACAGAUCUGAUUUUACUGUAAUGGGAUGCAGAAUAUUAUCACAGAAGAUGUUGAAGAUAAUGGUAACAGAAUGAAAGCCAUGUAAAUACCUCUGUCACCAAUGGUUGACACAACUGGUUGAUGACACUCGUGACUUCCAUCUCUUAAAGCGUAUCUAGAAUUCAUUCACAAAGUUCAUCAGACAUAUUCAUUAUUAAAUUACAAUAUUUUGAAACUAUGAGUACCAAACAACUCAUAUCUGCUACCUAAAUGUUUCAAAUAGUGUUUUAGUGGUUUAAUUCUGAAAAAAGGACAGCAUUGUAACAGCGUUGAGUCGACAACAGAAAAGAGAGCUCUUAGUCAUGUAAAGAUGACGCCCACCACCAAUCUCCAAGUCUUCGCCGUCUCCCUCCUCUCUCUCCUUGCUGCCCCACUUACCACAGCUGAGGACAGCUCCCCCUCUCCCACUCCCACUCCCCUACGUACCGACCCCCGGCCUCGCCAGGGGGGGCUCCACCGACCCCCCCUCAGUCUGCCCCCAGCCCCCCUCUCCUCCUCCUGGCCAUCCAUGCCAACCUCCGCCCCGCUGCCCUCCGGGGAAGGCCCAAAGCUCCAGAGAAACUUCCAGAAUCCCCUGGGGUUCUGGAGACCCCUUCCCGGCCCCUGGCCCAGAUCAUGUUCCCUAAGAACGUGACGUCUGCGGCAGCGGGAGCCCUGGCUCCUCCGUUGGGCGCGGCCCAGGUGGCUCCUCCUCCCCGCAGACUGGUGGACGUGGACGUGUGCCAUGGUUACUAUGAUGUCAUGGGCCAGUUGGACAACACCUUCAACUGCUCCAAGGACAGCUUCAUCUACUGCUGUGGUAGCUGCCACUACCGCUUCUGCUGCCCCGACCCCACCCGUCGUUUGGAGCAGAGCAGCUGUACCAACUACGUCUCCCCGGAUUGGGCCAAGACCCAGCCACCAAACGCCAUACUCCUGGAUGAUGAUGAGCCGGAACUGGACCCUCUGCAGCCUCUGAGCCACAACACAGGAUUUGUGAUUGGAGGUGUCAUUGUGUUUAUGGUAGCAGUUGCAGUGGGGAUUAAGAUAAUGUUCAACAAGGUGUCGCAGCAGGCCAACAACGGAGAGAUCAACAUGCCCAGAGCGCUGGUGGACAUGUUGCGUCACCAGUCCAGUCCAGUGCAGCAGGAUGAGAGGAACAACAGCGUGGCUCUGUGUGGUUCAGGGGAAGGACAGGGUACGCUGGGCAGACCUCCCAAAAACCUCUAUGCCCCUGGCCUGCCCAGCAAGGACAACAGACUGGGGAAUAUUCAACACAAUUUUAUCCAUUCAGGAACCAGUCCCAAUCACACUGCUACCAUCGAACACGCCCCCCGUAUGAACAACGCCCAGCUGGCGGCAGGAGGCACUCUUCUGUCCAGCAAACACAACAAUACUAAAGGGCAGCCCUCCUUCCACCACUCCCUCCACAACCUGGCACAGCUCCCCCCAUCCUACGAUAACGCCACCAAGCCAGAGCUCAACAGAUACUCCUCGCUCAAACGCCUGGAAAAGAGUGGUCUUGAUGAAUAUUCAUCGGGCUACUGCACCACCAAGAGGCGUCCCCACACGGCCCAGCCUGCUCUCCAGUCCUCCAGUCACCACAUCCCCUGUGGCGGAGACUACAACACCAUGGGUGGGAGGGGCACCCUCCCCCGCCACGCCCCCCGCCCCUGGAUCCAACCCACCGGCCUACCCCCCGUCUCACCCACGGUCAACCCCUACCCCCUGGACCCAACCGAGCAGCACUACAACCCCAACUACGACACCCUGUCCAAGCCUGCCAGGAAGGUCAUGUCGCAGGACCAGCUGCUCAACAUGGGGGACGUCCCCGGGAACACUGGGACCCUCUCCAGGAUGUCCAAGAACCAGCAGCACCAGUACUACAAAGCCAUGGCUGCUGCUACUAAGAACUCCAACACCCAGACCCUGACAAGGAAGCCCCAGGAUCGACCCCAGGAGCGGCCUCAGUCCAACAACCAGACCCUGACAAGGAAGCCCAAGGAUCGACCCCAGGAGCGGCCUCAGUCCAACACCCAGACCCUGACGAGGAAGCCCCAGGAUCGACCCCAGGAGCGGCCUCAGUCCAACACCCAGACCCUGACGAGGAAGCCCCAGGAUCGACCCCAGGAGCGGCCUCAGUCCAACACCCAGACCCUGACGAGGAAGCCCAAGGAUUGGCCCCAGGAGCGUCCCCAGGAUCGCCUACUCAUGUCCCCAGAUCACCUGGAGGAGAGUAUGGGUAGAGGGGUCGGAGGGAUGGGAGUGGGUGUGCAGGAUCCAUAUGCCCAUGGAGGCGGCGGAGGCAUGGUCCCCACUCUUCCCCGGGGUGGUCUCACCCCUCAGCAGAAAGCCCAGUCCCAGCAGAAUGUAUGUGCCACGCCCUCCCUGGACCGCCACCACAUGAUCAAGAUGAACUCUCACCCCACGUCAGGGAGGGAGCAGGAGAGAAGCCAGGGCAUGACGGGGCAUAUGAGUGGAGGCAUGGGGGGAGGCAUGGGGGGCUGGGGUGGUAGCGAGAUGCCCGGGGCGGGGGUUGUCAUGGGAACAGGGACGCUAGGGGGCCACAGCGCCAAGAGGAUGGCUUUCGCUGCCAAGAGGCAGAACACUAUCGAGCAGUUACACUUUAUACCAGGAGGGGGCGACGGAGGAGCGGGAGGAGGAAGUAGAGGAGGAGGAAGUGGAGGAGGAGGAAGUGGAGGAGGAGGGGGAGGCAGUCAGGGCAUCAGGACAGGCAGUAAGAAUGAGGUGACAGUGUGAGGGGCACCAGGUAGAAAUUGCCAUCAACUGCAGAUCUAGGAUCAGAUUAUCUCACCCCUAAACCCACCCUUAACCAUUAAGGGGAUGAAAAAAUAUCUGAAUCUGUAUCAGUGGUUAGGGCAUAUUCUACCUACUGCGUGUGUGGUCUUCAUGAAGAGAGUAGACAUAUGAGAAUAGGAAGGGUAGAGAAGGAAAUAUGGUGAAUCAAUCUGUACAUAUAGGGAGAUGAAGGACUUGCUUAGAGGUCAAAAUGGUAGAGGAACGGAAUUAUCCUGCCAUUUUUAUAUAUGUGAUACAUCAGCCAUAUUUCAUAUCUAAAUGUGCCAUAUUGCCAUACACUGAUGCCAUGAAUAACUGAAAAAUAACAAACGUGGGAGAAAUUAGAUAGCUAGGACUUAGUUAAGAAACUGGUUUGUUCAUGCAUAACCUUGUGUUUUAUAUCAAAUGUUUUACAGAAUAAAGAAACUUUUGAGCCAUAUUAGAAAGGAGGGACCAAGAUAAUAUAUCUAAGUAUGAGAGAGAGAAGGGUGGUGUACGGCCAGACUGUGUACUUCAUUGUUACAAAGAAAAACAGGUUGCACUUGCAUCAAAGGAUGCUAUUUUCCCCAUGGAGCAUUGAACUGAUGAUCUUCAUGACCUAUGAUGUGGAAUGUUGGAUGAUAUAGGGUUUUGAAUCCGGGGAGUGGUGUACGAGUGAGCCCGCCUCAUUCUGACGCAGGAAAACAGAGCUGUCGAUAGUUGCUUCUUGUGUGAAUGAAUGAGUGACCUUGGGAAAAUUGCUUCCACACAUUCUCUAGUUGCCCCCAGUAACUGAUCUGAGGUCAGUUUUGCAUCCCACCACCGCCUAAUAGUUAUGCUCAGCAUUUGGGGAGGUUGAGCUGAUCCUAAAUCUGUGCCUAAGUGCAACUUCUACCUGGAGCUCCCCUGUGACCCAGCUGUCUUCAUCAGGACAACCAAAUCUGAUUGAGCCAUGAGUCACUAUGUUUGACGAGGAACUUCUGAGUUGGUCAGCCUACCAAUAGGAUGAUUAGCUACUGCAAGUACAGGGUAUUUUCUUUCAUAGAGCACAAAAAGUACAGUAUGAUGCAGGUGUUGCACUUCAUAAUACGACUGACCUUCAAAGCCAUGCAUUGGGAUACAAAUAAAAUACCACAGAGAAAGCACGUCUGACAAUCACCAUUUUAUUAUUCUCACCAGAGAACUGACACAAGCCAACAUUUCUACAGGACAAUACAAAUGAUUGGCUUCAGAGCAAUCCAAAGUGUAUGUGUCUAGGGAAUUGACUGUAACAAGGCAGUGGACUAUAAUGCAUACUGUAGGAUGACUCCAAUGAUGAAGCAGUCAGAUAUGAGGGUGAGACUCAGAAGAGACUUGGGUGGCUAGGAUGCCCUUCAUCAGAAGAGGACCUUGCUCGUUCGUAGUAACACACUCCAACCGUUCUCUAUUAGGUAGAAAUGUCAUAAUAUCAAUAAUAAUGCUUAAUAUUAAGGGCUAUCCUAUCCUACAUGUGUGGCUUUGGACCAUAUAAUACAGCAUAUUAAUGCUUUCACUUAAUUUUUGGUGUUGAUAUUGUCACUGACACGUGAGUACUAAUGUUCUGUAGAUACCUGGAGUCAAACUUGUAAAAAAAAAAACAUGAGCAGUUUUUUUCCAGCCCAGCUCAAAGAGGGAAACACUAAGACAGAAAAGUUUUUGCACAAUCCCGAUAUUUGCACCAGAUAAAGACAGACAUAUUUUGUAUCACAUCUUAGGGGUUUACAUUCAGCAUAAAAGGACACUCAGUCACUGGAGAUGCGCGGGGCUGUGUUUGAUAAACUUAAGGGACUUAAGAAAAUGAACAGACUUGUAUUCGACUAAGAGAGAAGUAUAACUGUAUAUAUAUAUAUCAUCUACAGUAUACAAAGUGUCUCAUAUUGCUUACAAAUGGACAGAAGAAAAAAAUCUGACAUAAUUCAGGAGAUAAAAUGACUGACAUGUUGAUACAGAUUUUCUUUUGACAAUCUUCCUAUACACAACGGUAACUUACCCAGUGAGCAAAAUGGCAUCUUUUAGACGUCCAUGGACGUCGGCGUCAGACGGUGUUCACUGGGUAGUCCGUGUCGGUUAUUGUCAUGAUUACGACAAGUGUUAUUAUUAAUGAUUAUUAUAAUUGUUGUUAUAAUUAAUGGUUAUCUUAUAGUUAUGAUGUUGGUGUUAUUUUUCUUAGUGAGAUUUUAAGUGUUUACAUGUUUUUAGAUACCUAUCUUUCUCAUGACAUUUUGUUUGUUUUGUUACAUCUGAACACAAAAUGGGGAUUCAAACAAACACUGUCUAAUCUUGAUGCAUGUCAACUCCAUGCCUUGGUAAUGCAUUGACAAUGCAUGUAUACAGGGUUUUAUUACAGUAUGUUUUGAGACAAUGGCCCAAUUACAAACCUAUCCCUAGUCCCUUUCCCUAGAUGUAGCCUUCUAUCUAGACUAUUUGAAAAUAUUGCGUAGGUAUUAGCAAAAGUUGUGUUGGUUCCACGUGUUGGGGUGGAAUGAUUACACUCACCGUUCACAAGGUCAUACAAUAUUGAUAGGGACUAGGGAGGGAAAAGUUCUGGGUCUGGGACCAAAUUGAAACACUUGCUAAUACCACAGCCUAACCCAAUAAAACCCAAAGGGUUAACACAUGAUGUCACAAUGUAGGUAAAAAGGGUAUAACAGUAACUACCUGAAUGUUCAGUAACAGUGUCUUUUUUCAGGGAAUUAGGACAGCUAACCUAGUUUUAGAUUUGUAUUUAAGUCACAGAAAGUCUGUAGCAAUGUCUGUACUAUCGCCACAAGCCAUAACCAUUGAAACAGUCAUUACAUACACUUCUGCCAUUAUUUUGUACAUGGUAAACCUUUUUUUGUGUAAGUAUAUUGUAUUUUGUAUAGCUAGUACAAUCAGAAUAUUCUAAUGGGUUGUGGCUCUCUUCUAUAACACAUUAAUUUGAGGCUUCAACAAAUUAUAUGUGAGUAUUUAGUGGAAUGUACAGUGACCACCCAAAUGCUUAACAUUUAACAUAUUUCUAUAUAGCCUAUUAUGUGGCAACAGGGAUAUUUUUGAUGAGUAAUGACAAAUAACACGUAAUAGAUGGUGAAUAAAAUAAGACACAAAGAGAUGAAUGAAUAGGUGUAUGUUUCAACACCAUCAUUAAUUCAUUUAAACCUAUGUAGAACGAAGAAGGAUAAAUCUAAAUCUAGAUUUGUAUGAGAUUAUAUAGAUUUGUAUGGGAUGAUAUUUACAAGUGAACUUCAUGAAUGUUUUCAUGACUAUUAUUAAUUUUAAUAUAUAAAGGCCUACUUUUAAUUUCUCCAAUGCAUUUUGAUCCCCUUGGAUACAGCAGUGAUCGAACACUACAUUUGUAAAAUAAAGUUGGUGGAAAAGGU